CACUCCAUCAAACCAACAACCACCUACAAACAAUCAACAUGUCUGACGCUCUCCGCAAAGAUUUCUCCACCAAGGCUGGCGAGAAGAUGCAGCCCGACUCCUCCAAGUCCACCCUCGAGAAGACCAAGGAGACUGUCACUGGUGCCGGCGACAAGGCCGCUCGUGGCGCUCAGCCCGACUCCGACAAGUCCACCUCCCAGUCAAUCGGCGACAAGGUCGGCCGCUCCAAGGACGAGGAAGUCCACGGUGGCUCCGGCGAAUCUGUCAUGGACAAGGCCAAGGGUGCUCUCGGCAUGGACAAGAAAUAAGUCAAUCGACUACCUUGACAACCUAUGAGAAGGAGAUGGGUCGAUAUUGGGAAGGAGGAAGGAUACUCUCCUCUUCUGACCUGCAAGUCUGCGAUCCUGGGAUAUGAGAUAUUAUGAUACCAUGCCUGAUGGCAAAUGAAUAAAUACACCUACUUCAUCACAAGUUCACUUUCUUGAAUGCCGUGCCUCUCUUUUUCGUGCAACCCAGCUUGAACUCUUUGUGAAGAUCCUGGUUGUGUUU